CUGUCCCACCCCAGGCGCACCCUGGCCGAUAUCAUCAUGGAGAAGCUCACGGAGAAGCAGACGGAGGUGCAGACGGCGCUGUCGGAGCUCUCGGGCUGCCCCAUGCCCCAGCUCGACCCCCGUGUCCUGGAGGUCUACAGGGGUGUCAGGGAGGUGCUGUCCAAGUACAGGAGUGGGAAGCUGCCCAAGGCGUUUAAAAUCAUUCCUGCCUUGUCCAACUGGGAGCAGAUCCUCUACAUCACUGAGCCAGAGACCUGGACAGCAGCUGCCAUGUACCAGGCCACCAGGAUAUUUUCCUCCAACCUGAAGGAGAGGAUGGCCCAGCGCUUCUACAACCUGGUGCUGCUGCCGCGGGUGCGGGACGACAUCGCCGAGUACAAGCGGCUCAACUUCCACCUGUACAUGGCUCUGAAGAAGGCUCUGUUCAAGCCAGCAGCCUGGUUCAAGGGGAUCCUCAUCCCGCUCUGUGAGUCGGGCACCUGCACGCUCAGGGAGGCCAUCAUCAUCGGCAGCAUCCUCAGCAAGUGCUCCAUCCCCGUGCUGCACUCCAGCGCAGCGCUGCUGAAGCUGGCUGAGAUGCAGUACAGCGGCGCCAACAGCAUCUUCCUGCGGCUGCUGCUGGACAAGCGCUACGCGCUGCCCUUCCGCGUGCUGGACGCGCUGGUCUUCCACUUCCUGGCCUUCCGCAGCGAGCGGCGCCCGCUGCCCGUGCUGUGGCACCAGAGCCUCCUGGCCCUGGCCCAGCGCUACAAGGAGGAUCUGUCCUCCGAGCAGAAGGAGGCGCUGCUGGAGCUGCUCAAGUUCCACAGCCACCCCCAGAUCUCCCCCGAGAUCCGCAGGGAGCUGAUGAACUCCAGGACCAGGGACGUGGAAGGGGAGCAGCCAGUGGGCAUGGAGUGAGCAGGGAAAGGCUGGGUGCUGCUGGGAGCCUGGAUAGGAGCAUCCAGUCUGGAGCAGGAGCAUCCAUCCCGGAGCAGGAGCACCUGUCCUGGAUCAGCAGCACUCA